AUGGAUCAAUGUGAUUCUUCCAAAUUGAAAAUAGAUUACUUAAGUUAGGAAAUCGAAAAUCUAAGUCAGAGGCUAGAAGAAUAAAUUAAAAUCAACGCGUAGUAUCAAAGUCUAAUUAAUGGACGAACAGACAUGAAAUUGCUAUUGAGUGUAAUGCAAUCAGAGUAGUAUAUUUUGAAAUAAUAAAUAUCGAAAAUACUUAAUGAGAGAAAUGAAGCCGUGUCGAAAGUACUAUGAUAUUUAAUUCAGGUUCUCAUUCUAGAAUAAAUACUGCUAGCAACACAAUAAGAAAAUGAUUUCAUCCUCAAAGAGGCAGAACAAAGAAUUAAGUAACUGCAAGAACAAAUAAAAUACUAUGAGUAAACAAGUUUUAACUUAAACCUCUAUGAAACUGAUCCUCAAAACGAAGGUUAUUUGAUAAAGUACAAAUAAGUAUCAAUAUGAUGUAUUCCUCAGAUAGUGAAUUUGAAUGAAGCCACUUUGAGAUUAUAGUAGGAGAUCGAGAUAUACAAGGUUCAAUUGGCUUUGGCUCACAUGAAAAUGAGCAAGUUACAAGAGUCUAAAAAUGAUUUAAUAUAGUUAAACUUUGUAAAACAGAAGUAUUUAAUUUUAGACUCUCUCGAAUGAAAUAUGUCGAUUGAAGAUGUAACCAAGUCAAGGAGUAAAAAAUGUAGAUAAGUACAUCUCCCAAUUGGUUGAAGUCUAAAAGAAAUUGGUUUAGAUUGACGGCGAAGAUUCAGAUAAGGAUUGCACAUCUCCAAUGGAAGAUAAAAUUCAAUGCUACUCGAAUAAAUGUAUAAAUGAAUCAAUAUUGAGAGACCAUUUUACAUUAACACAAUAUGCCAAAAUUAGAUUUGAAGAGAGCUCAGCAAAUCUAAGCAUAUACUUUAUAGUAAAUCAAUAUGAAACAGCAAAAGAACCAAGAUCUAACUCUUCAGGAUGAACUCCAAAAAUGGAUAACAGAAUAUAAGUAUUUGAAGAACAACUACGAUGCUUCAAAGUUAUUGUUUGAUCAGUUGAAGAUUCAAUAUGAAGAUCUGCAGAGGAAUUACAAUGAAACGCUAUCCAUAAAUGCCACUUUAAUAAGAGCAAACUAAAAUUACGAAGAGAAAUGGCAGAACAUUAACAAACAACAUGUCUUUUAUAAGCAAUUCUAUAUCUAGUAUAAGGAUUGUGUCGAUAUUUUCAAUAAAAGUUUGAGCAAUAAAAAGUUACAGGAAUCUCUAUCUGAGAGGAAAGAUCUGUUUGAAUUUUCAAUAUAGGAUUCAAAGAUAAGACCCACAACGUUUUUACGAAGAUCAAGUGUCAAUGUGGUUGGGAUAACAUCAGUCGAUUCAACACCAAAUUGCAUCAAUUACAAGGAUAAAAUAAUCUAGAUGACUAAGGAUGUUUUCUAGAUAUUUAAGAAAAAGCAUAGUGAAAAUGAAAGUAGUGAUGAAGAUAUUCCACAGGUGAAUCAAAUGAAGAGAGAAUUCACUGUAUCCAACAAUUUUUAUUCUUAAUAAAAACAAGCAAAAAUAUGA